UGUAACUGUGAUAUUUUAUUUAUCACCCGUCAAGUUUGUUACGUUAAGGUUUUCGUUAAAGAUUGUGAUGUAGGCUAUAGGACUUGACUUCAAUUAUUAAAAGUCGCGUCUUGAGAAAGUUACGACAUAGAAGAGGGUGACCCUUUACGCAUUACGUCAUGGUCAGGUGAUGGACGAGGAAGUAAACAACUCUGAAGAGAAGAGACAUCUCGACGGGGAAAGGUGAGGUCCUGACCAGCUUUCCAGAUGACGUCCCUGAUCUGCACUUUACAACACCAUCAAGACGAUGUCAACUGGUGUGCCUUCUCAGCCAAACUGUUAGCCACGUGUUCCGGGGACAAAACCCUCAGGAUAUACGACACUCAUGACUUCUCCGAGCUGCCUUUUUCACCGCUGACGGGACACGGCUACAGUGUCCACUGCUGCUGCUUCAGCACCUGUGGCCAGUUCCUCGCUUCGUGCUCCACAGAUGCAACCACUGUGAUCUGGUCUAUGGUCUCGGGUGAGAUCGAGGCUGUCCUGGAGCAUCCUGGCCGCAGCCCUGUCAGGAUCUGUGCGUUUUCUCCAGACUGUCUCCACUUAGUUUCUGGUGCAUCUGAUGGCACUUUGGCUCUUUGGGAUUUCCCCUCCAAACAACUGCAAAGGACGGGGGCAGUGAGUGACACAACGAUGGUAGCCUGCUCCUUCAGCCCCUGCAGUCAGGUGUUUAUGACCGGCUCCACUUACGGAGACUUGCGUCUAUGGGAUCUACACAUGAACCAGCUCCAUGCAGAGAAGAACGCCCACGACCUGGGUGUCUCCUGCUGCACCUUCGCCCCCGGCAUCCUCAGUGGUGGUCAAGUUGUGCAAUUUCGUCUGGCAUCUUGUGGACAAGACAGCCUCCUGAAGAUAUGGGCUGUUAACAAGUUGAGCUCCGGAGCCUUUAAGAUGAAGCUCCUGCACACGUUAACUGGCCAGUCAGCUCCUGUCCUUUCCUGUGCUUACUCGUCAGAUGGGCAGCUGCUUGUGUCUGGCUCUGUGGACAAAACAGUUACAGUCUAUGAUGCUGAAAAUGCAGUUUUGCUUUACAGGCUGAAACAGCAUGAAAGGUACGUGACGGCAUGCGCCUUCUCUCCAACGUCACCACUGAUUGCUACGGGAUCUAUGGAUAAGACUGUGAACAUCUGGAGGCUGGAGAAUGGCUGCAGUGGACAUGGUGGGAAGCUGUUGCCUGAAGAAUCUGCUCAGACAUCAAGCAAAGGGAGAGCCUCGGGAGGCCGAUCGAAGCUGCUGGUCAGUGAUUGGUCGGAGGAGGAUGUGUCAGAGUGGCUGCUGGAGGAAGGCCUCGAGGGAUUGGUGGACAAAUUUAAGGCCAAUAACAUAGAUGGGACAGAGCUGCUCAGCCUCACCAAGGAAACGCUGGCGUCAGAGCUGCACGUCGAGUCAGUCGGCUUGCGCAGUAAACUCCUGAGGAAAGUGGAGGAGCUGAAGAGUGAUUCAGUGUGUUUAGGCAUUCCCGAUGAGUUCCUGUGUCCAAUCACCAGAGAACUGAUGAGGGAACCUGUUAUUGCAGCUGAUGGCUAUUCAUAUGAGAAAGAGGCCAUCGAGAGCUGGAUUAGCACCAAAAACCGCUCCAGCCCCAUGACCAACCUCCCCUUGCUCACGACCCUGCUCACCCCUAACCACACCCUGAAGAUGGCUAUUGGCCGCUGGAAGACCAGCCACUAGAAAUCCAGGAGACCUCUGACCUGGCGUGCUCCAGAUGUUUCACUAAAGUGUAGAGAAACACAGGACGGUUUCACGUUCAGGUGUACCUGCACAUGGUUUCCUCAUUUCUCAAGUUAGCUGAAUUUUAAACUGAGGGAACAGAAUGACCAGCCUGAAUCAACAGUCAGUUACCUGCUUACACACGGAGUGGGGAAAGACCAGCAUGAGCGCCCCAAUUUAAACAAAGCACUUAACUAUUCACUCAAAUUCAGCUUUCCUAACUAGCUUUGGUUGCAGCAGAUGUGUUACUUUCAGGCUGGAUUAUGUUUUCAAUGUCCUCAUAUUUAGGAUGAUAAUUUGUUCUUACUGUGAGAUGUAUGUUCCUACAAAGCUGCAGCCCCCGGUACAAGCCCCUUUAGGUGAACGUGACCUGGCCCGAUUGCUGUGGUUAAACUUCAUAUUAGAGUCCAGCUUUGGUUUCAGAUAACUGCAGAAUGGAAAAAAAUAUUUGCGUGCAAUAAUACAGUCCCUUAUUUAAGAAAUUAUAAAAUUCACAGAAACAAAAUUUUUGUUACUGAAUCUUCAUCAGGUUCAUUGCUUUUAGUGACCCCUCACUCUUACUUUAUAAACAGGAAGCUGUAGCUAUUGUAUUAUCUUAAAUUGAUUAGCAUUAAUGAUGUCAAUAAAGAGAUUGUGAGCAGCAA